AUGUAUACUUUCCUUAUACUUGCAUUUUGUUUUCUACCUAUAAUCGAUACUAAACAACAAAUAGAAUUCGAUGAUAAUCAAAGAAUGUUUACACCACAUUCAGUAGCUGCUACUUAUUUAUUUCGUUGGCCAACACGACAAUAUCAAAAUUUAUUAUUAGAUUCAACAAUUGAUAGUUCAUCAUUGUUCAGAUCAUCGGAUCAAAAUAUUCCACAUGAACAACAACGUAUGAAAAGAAUCUAUUGGGAAAAUCUUGCAUUUCAUGCAACUAAUUUUAAUCAAAAAAAUAAAAAAGUUUAA